CGCUAAAAUAUCAUUCCGCGCGCGAACGUUAUAGGAUGCGCGCUUUCGAAUCUACGAAUUUUUAAAAAAAGUACGGAAUACCAAAAAUAGGCGACCUUCGAUUAAUGUUAUAAUAAUGUUAACACUGUUUUAUUAGUGCAUUUAAAAGUUAAAAUUGUGUGUGAAGUGUGGAUUUUUCGUUUAUUACAGACAGCGCGCUAAAUUAUAACAGUUAACAAUGGCCACUAAAUCGUAUAGCAAGCACAAGGAAUACAAAGAAUAUUCCAGCACAGGCACUGUGCCCUACACCGACGAACAAUUCGACAUGAUAAAAUCCGACCUUUUGCCAAAAGGAAGUAAACUGGACUCCCUGGGCAGGAGCGUGGGAGGCACGAGGGAGUACCACUACGAGUAUAAGGAAGAGAAGUUGCCCGGAGGAGGGAAGUAUGACAGAAAGGACUUUCACACCGUUGAAGAAUUCACAAUACCAAAAGGCAAGCCAAAGUCAGCAGAGAGCAGUUAUUACUACGAACGGGAGGAACGAGAGUUGCCAGCGGUCGGAACUAGGACAUAUAACUAUGAGACGAGUGGUUCUAGCCCGGGUUAUUCGAAGGUGAAAAGUUCAAAGGUGACGAAGGAAAUGACCCAGAACGUGGAAGAGCUGGACUCACUUCUGGACGACCUGCAGAAGGAUCAAGAACGACAGCUGUAUAAAAGCGGUUACGCGUCUGAUACAGCUGAGAGUACAUCGUUUGAUUACCGGCGAGGAACUCCAGUAAAAGCGCCAUCUAGCGGAUACUCAACGCUAAAAAGGGAAGAGCGGUUGGAGAGCUCGUGGAACUCCCCCCCACCCCCCACCGUCACACGCGGCGCCGAGAUACGACAAGAGAUGUAUAGAGAGGAGAAGACAGAAUCUCGCGUGGUACCGUCUCAGAUAUCACCAGCGGUCCCACAAGUGGUCCCACCAGCUGUGUGUGCCCACUGCCACCAUCCACCCACCACCGGCACUCUGCCCCGCGCCAGCACACCGAUGAACAAGGUGACGACAACGGUGAAGACCUACACGUACGAAGUGCCCGCUGACCAGGACCCCACCACCGUGCCCAUACCGGUCGAUCAUCAGCACAUCACCGAGGAGAUUAAUACGACAUCGCACGCGACGGGCACGCUCGGGCGGCCGGCGGGCUGCCAGUACUGCUCGCACUGCAACACCACGCUCCGGGAGUACAGGACACACACCUCAGACCACACCAGCGAGCGCACCUACAUACCGGCUGAGCCGAAAUUGCUGCAUCCCGAGCCGCUCAAUGGACACGGCCCACAUGGUCCAACGACGUACAAGUACUCGGAGAGCAGCUACUCGAGCGCGAACUCCCGCUUCCCCCCCUCCCCCGCGCCGGGCGGCGGCGCUCCCCCGCGCUCCCUCUCCCCCUCGCCCUCGCCGUUCCCGCGCCCCACCACCCCCUCCACCACGCAGCAACCCCCCAAGAAGUUGGAUGAUCUGCUCGCUGACUUCCCGGAGGCGCGUUUCCCCACCCAACCGGACGGUAUAACCCAGCGCAAAGUGGAAAUAUCGCGGGAAACGCGGGAAUCUCGUGAUGUCCGUGAUUCCCGGGAUAACAGGGACAAGCGGGAGGCCCCGGGGGCGAAGUCCCCGCCCAUUGGUAGCAGCCGCAAUGUGGCUGGCCCGGCUGUGUACUACCCCCCGGGACAUACGCCCUUCGCCAAGGAGUCUGGGUAUCAGGCUAGCGCGAUGCAGGCGGGCGGCGCGCACGCGUCGGGCCGCGCCAUGUACGAGUACGAGGCGGGCUCGCGCUCCAAGGAGAAGCGCAGCGAGACCAAGACCGCCGUGCCGGUCUGCCUGCCGCUCUGCUGCGCCAUGCCCUGCGUCAUCAUGUAAAUGUGCGCCGCCAUGUGACGCCAUCUGACGCCACGUGACGCCAUGUGACGCCACGUAACGCCAUGUGACGCCAUGUGAUGCCACGUGACGCAACUUGACGCCAUGUGACGCCAUGUGACGCCACGUGACCUUAUGUGACACCAUGUUACGCUAAUGAUGGCACGUCGUGUUAAUGAGAUCAUGUCAUUAAUGACUGCCGUUCAAGAGCAAAAUGUAAAAUUAAAAAGAUUUAGAAGAGAAACUUAAAACUGAAGAAAACAAUAAAUAAUGUGAUGUAAAUAAUUGCAUUUCGUUUGGACGUCUAGAACAUUCAGUCAUUAACGUCAAUUGGCGUUUUAGUCUCAUUAGUGUAACGUUGGUUUGUAAAGAAACUGCACUCGGAACAUUUCACUUUACUUCAAUUCAAUAAAGGUUGUAAAAUGUUGUUAAAAAUAUAACACAAAUUACCUAGCUAUUUUGAACUUAUAUAAAUGUGUUAGCCUUAUGAAAUACUCAGAAUCUUUUCAAUAUACAUACACAUCUUUAUAACUUAAUAAUUUAAUGUAACUUUUGUAUUUUGUACAAACAACAUUUUGUAUAAAAUCGAUUUAAAAUUGUAUAACUUUUAAAGCAUAUUAUCGUAAUGUAAGUAACAACGGGAUUUAAUCCCAAAAUAACUAUAAUUAACGUAUGACAAUUAUGUUUAUUGAAAUAUUAAUAAAGAAUCUCAAUGUAAAUUUAAUACAGCGCCAUCUCGUGGGUGUGUCUAUUUAUUUUAUGAAUGAGAAAUUUAAUUCUAAAACGAUACUUGCAUUCAACUAACCGUGCCAUUAUUGUUAAGUUAUUGUGAACGUCUUGUCUCUGUGUAAAGAUAUUUUUAUUAAUAAUAAAGUUUAACUAGAAA